GUGUUCGGGGCGUUCCAGACUAUCCAGAGUUACUUCAACAAGGCUGAGUACAAGGGCGCCUUCAACGAGGCCAUGGCCGAGAUGUUGAAACACGCGGUCCCAUCUGUCUUCGAGAGGGACGAGGCUGAGCGCGACGUUUGGGAUGCGGAGAUGACUAACCACCCAGACAAUGACGUGAGGUGGCUCUUCAAGACCCCCAAGGACUGCAAAGUGUUGACGAGGCUGUUCACCCCCAUGGCCACCUCCAAGGUGUUCAAGGAUGCCCUUGACUUGACCCCGUCGAGGAAGACGAUUCGGAUGAAGGCGGCGAGCCCGAAGGCCAAGUCCAAGGGCGCCAAGGGCAAGGCAGCGUCGAAAAAUAAGGCCGCUGCCGCUUGCUCUGCUUCCGUCAAGCCGAAGGCAGGCAGCCGCGCGACGCUCUACCUUGACGAUGUCAUCAACAUCAUCUUCCACGCCGUGCGCGAGGUGCCCCCCGACCAGAGGGACGGCGCGCAGAUGGCGCAGAUGCUGCGCUACGGCUGCAGACUCGGCAUCAAGGAUCAGAACGAUGGGCCCUUGGAGUUCGCCUUCAGCCUGAACGGCGACGGUGGCGUGGAGGUGACCCGCGAGAAGUUCGCCAAGUGGUCCCAGUUUCGGCCUCGCAUCUACACUCACCUGCGGGCGGUGCACGGGCUAGAAUGCAGAGACGCAGCUGCUGAUGGCGAUGGCCGCGACGGCCGCGACCACCAGGAGGUCGGCGCUGCGGAUGACGACGGUGACGAGGUGGCCACCUCCGCUGCCGCCAUCUUGGCGAUCAUCGGCAACGACAUGAAGAUGAGGAACAGGCUGAAGUCGGCGCUGCGCGAGUUCAUGAACGACAACCCUUUCUGCGAGCAUUCGGGCGAGAUCAAGGCAACGCACGUCGCGUUCACGCGCAUGAACGGCCAUGUCCUUAAGGCGGUGAAGGCGACCCAGCAGAGCCAGAACCGCGGCGAGUUUGCGAAGGGGGACGGGCCUGCCAUCUCCUCGACCUUCGUGGACAUGGCCAUGAAGAUUGUCGACUCCACGGUGCCCGCGAACUUCUUCAAGCUGUCUGGUCUAUUGUUGCGGCUGCUUGGGGCUGUUCGCAAGGGCGCGGAGAAGGUGAAGCAGGUUCGUGAGGAGCAGGCGAAGCAGCCCGAUCGGUCAGAGUGGGCGCUCUUCCUCGAGGCGGUGGACCCCGCAGUGGCGGCCUUCGCCGAGAGCCUCUGGAAGACUGAGGCCGCCUUGGAAUGGUCACACUUCACGCGCUUCAUGUACUCGAAUCUCUUGCUGCGGAAGGUAGUCGCCGAGAUGCAGGCCGAUGUGUCGCCUGAAGCGCACGGCUUCUGCGAGCGCGGGGUGGAGUUCGCUGAGAAGCUCGACCAGGCCGGCGGCGCGUCCAGGGACCUCUUGCGGAGUCUCUUCGCCAAGUCGGACAACAUGGCCGACGCGCGGGUGAAGGUGAUCGAGCUGGGGGGCCGCCUCCACGACCGCGUGGCGGUAGAGCCCAGCGAGGCUGUCUGGAGGAUGAAGCAGAACGGCAUCAAGUCAUCGGUCUCUGUCAAGACCAAGCCUCAGAUUAUCGCGCUGAUCAAGGAGGAGAUCCCCACGGAGGAGCUUCCCGAGAACUUGUCCUCGCAGGCGAAGGACGUGUUGGUGAACCUCGUGGUGAACCAUCGGCUUGGCGCCCAGAAGGCGGCUGUCCAGAAGGAGGUUGAGCAGUGGAAAUCGUUGGUGGAGGUGGCCCUUAGCAAGGGGAUCGAUCACAUCAAGAUCCCCGCAUCGAGGACUGAGCCGCUGAUGCUAGGCGAGGCCACGGCUGCCAGCAUCGACGCGGGCUUGGAAUCCGCUGGCAUUAAGGAGAUCGGCGACAAGAAGUACUUCCAGCUGUUUCGGGCGAUGGCUGCUGCGAACGCGAAGGGGACCGUGAAGCUCCUCCUGGACGUCGAGGGCCGCCGAGGCGACGGCCCUAGUGGUCGCGGCAUGGUCAAGUUGCAUUUCGCUGGGCGCAUCGUCCUCGCGCCAGGUGCGACUUGCGGGGGCGGGCCGCAAAUCAAGGUCGGCGAGCUCGCAAUCGACGGCGUGCACUUCAAUAUCCUGGUUGUGCCGUGGCCGAACUUCCGAGACCAGAGCACCCUCACGAUCGCCCACGAGGUCAAGGAGUGCCCGAUCCUGGACCCCUCGGCGUUCCACCCGCUGGACGUGCAGCUCGGGCCCGUCGCCAUCAAGUGGCACUCCCUCGUAAUCGACGAGGGCCCCUACGAGCAGUGCAUCGCCGCCGACGGCGAUAAGUUGCUGCCGCUCCCGAGGCCCAAGUUCUCCUGGGAGGGCGAGGGGUGCGACGGCGACGAAGACGUGGAUGAGUGA